CCACUAUCCGGAUCCUAAUUCCCCUACCCUACAAGUACCACGAGGAAUCAAAACAAAAAAAAACAAGCUUAGAAGGAUAUACUCCAUCGGUCAUGGUACAGUAGCACCAUGGCUUCCGUGACUAGGGGCCUCACACCCCCGUCCGACCCAAAGAGCCCCCCAGUCUGACUUGCGGAUCGAAGCAUCCCGUAUACUGACAGUAGCUUCCAUACUUCUGCCAGUCUUAGUCCUCACCUCAUACAAAGACUGUGGAGCAUCUUCCCUUUACGUAGCCACCACUCGCUUGAUCCGUUAUUUCUAUCUAGAUUUCCAUCUUUCUCUGUGUCACCAGUCUCAGUCUCCUUCACCGUUGUAUAUCUAUCUUUUAUUUUCUAUCUGCAUUAUAGGAAUAAUCGCGUACAUACGAGUCUCACUGCACCAAGUAACAAGUCAGGAUGGUCGGCGUUCCCAAAAGUACUGGAUGUUUGAUUUGCCGACAGCGAAAGAUCAAGUGUGACGAGAACUGGCCCCACUGCCGCAACUGUUAUAAGAAUGGAAAACAAUGCCCAGGUCCACCUGAGCGACAUACGUUCAAAUCUGGCUUGUCGGGCGUGAAAACCAGCGCGAGGGACAAUGAAUCAACGCGCAUCCUAAACCAAAGCUGCAAUCAACUCACCCAACUCAAUGCCAAAUUAUCUCCCGAUGGGGGUGGUAUGUUCCAGAAAUGGCGAAUGUCGUCCAAGACAAGAAACAACAAUGGCGUGCAAAAACGCACUUCGAAAAGCCCUCGCUCAACCAUUAGUCCCAGCUCGAGUGCUAGCCCUCCACAGAUGACGAUAGCAAGGAACCCAUCACCACCACAGUACAUGAUGCUGACACGUGCUUUCGUCGAGGCCCUGAAUACUGGAAAUGUAGGCCACCGCAUGUCCGCAUUUGGCCCUUUCAUUCGGGAGGUGCCCGCGCGAAUAGGACACAAUGCAGCUCUCGACUCUGCGGUGGUCUGCCUCGUCAACGCACAUUCCUCGAUGGUAGGCAAUCAAGGAGGUUGCGAGAUCGUUAAUCCGGGACUAUAUCUACACGCUGUUCAGACCUUGCAAUUGUGUUUGGAAGAUCCCGCCCAGGGGAUGUCCUCAAACACGCUUUGCGCGUCUGUUUUGUUAGGCAUCGUGGAGGCUUUAGCAGGCCCUCGGGAAGGCAACAGAUACCUUGCUCAUGUUGGCGGGGCUGGACGUCUUAUGGAGAUCCAAGGUCCUAGGACGUGCAUAGACAAGUUCACAAGGGAGAUUCUCCGGUUCAACAGGGGAGGCAUUAUCAUUACAUCGCUCUACGAGAGAAGACCAUGCUUUCUCACGACACCAGAGUGGCGCGACAUCGCUUUUGAUAAAUCCGGUUUAUCUUACGAGGACUGUUUAUAUACCGAUGUCCUUCAACGCAUGGCUGACUUCCCUGCGCUGCUGAGAGAACUUAAAGAUCUGGAACAGGGUAACCACAAUAUCAUGCCAACUCUAGACGAUAUCCUAUUGCAGGCCGACCUUCAUGUAGAUCUUGACGACCCAUCUAUAAAUCUAGACGCUCCUCUGGACUUCCUCUCUGAGUCUUUCGAACCGCCGCUCGAAUUCUCGCUCGACCCGUACCCCUUUGACGUCUCAUGCGCGAAUGCAUUCCCACCCUCGCAGUCAUCACUCAUCAACAAACUCCACUGUCUCAAAGAGGAAUUGUGUGCUCUCGGCACGCAGCUCAACGCACGACUUCUAGACGGCUCCGCCGCCAUCGAGCUACCCUCCAUCGAAGAAGGCAGCCCAAUCCCAACAGCCUUCCACUUCUCCGGCUGGCGCGUCACCGUCGCCUACAACUGCUUCUGGGCCCUCCUCAUACUGACCAAUAAACUACUCCUCAAGCUCCUCCCAACCUACGAUCCGACGAAGCAGAUGCUAGAGGCAGAGUGCCGAACGAUCGCAUACGAGAUCUGCAAGACGUGGGAGGACUCGUGGGCCAGCAAGCCGAUCGGCGCAUUCCACACUGGCUUCAGCUUCGUCAUGGCCUAUGAGUUCUGCACGCAGGACGUCCAGGAGUGGAUUCUGAAGGGCUUAAACGCUCUGCUCGACUGCCAGCGCGUUGCCUCGUUUCGAUGGUCCCAUGAGAACAUCAUGGCGAUGAGUGGUAGGCUCACAGGCGAUGGGCCCGAUCUCAAGUUCACACGUUCGAAGUAAUUCAACGACUCCUUACAUGAGGUAGCCAAACGGCUACAGUGUAUUGUACGAUGUUCAUUUUCUCGCAUAGCGAAAUUGGCGUUAUCGGAGCAUCACGUUGUCAUGAAUCAUGAAGAUAUCCACCCAGGUACUUAUUCCAAUCAUGUUUGUUAGUUUUUGUAGGCAGAUUCAAGCAAUCAGAAAUUCCACCUGCCUAAUUGGG